CCGGCUUGGCUCCCUGGGCACCUCUGUCAGAGCCCCGCCCAGGGCCACAUGGCCCGCCCAAAUAUAAGCAGCUCCUGGCCUGAGACUGAGAACUCAGUGCCCGCGUCACCCGCACCUCUGUCUCCAUCAUCACCAUCACAGUCCUGCAGCCAUGUCCUACCCAGUGACCAGUCAGCCCCAGUGUGCCAGCAGCAGCUACCAGACCCAGCUCAGUGACUGGCACACCGGUCUCACGGACUGCUGCAAUGACAUGCCCGUCUGUCUGUGCGGCACUUUCGCUCCCCUGUGCCUCGCCUGCCGCAUCUCCGAUGACUUUGGAGAGUGCUGCUGCGCGCCCUACCUGCUCGGAGGCCUGAACUCCCUCCGCACCGGCAUGCGCGAGCGCUACCACAUCCAGGGCUCUAUCCCGCACGACUGGGCGGCCCUCACCUUUUGUUUGCCUUGCGCGCUCUGUCAGAUGGCCCGGGAACUGAAGAUCCGAGGGUAAAGAAGUGAGCCCCCACCCCACCGCUUUACACCCCUGCCACCCGGCCUCCUCUGCCUCCCCUCCGCCCUAUCCCGCCGCCAGGAUGCAUCCACAAUAAAUACCUGAAAACCAA